AGGCCAGCUGCCACCCAAACAUACCCGUCGACCGCCGCCGAGUUCAUCGAUCGACUGACAUAUACGGCAACGCCGGGAGGAGUAGCCCUUUCUCCAGAGUUAGUGCAGUCUGCUUCACUUGUCAUUUGAGUGCACUGAUUCCAUCUUACUCGUUCGCUGUAUCGGUUCUUUUCUUUUUCUCUUUCACCCUCCUCUAAUUCACAUGUUUCAUUGAUUUUUCUUUUCCAAUUGAUACCGUGAUCUCCAAAAUGAUCAACGUAUAAUAUUAUAAGGUGCAAAAUGAAGAGUUAUACGCUAUCAGAACUUACACAGGAUGAGGUGAAGGGCCUCAAGGCUCGUCCACGUGUUGAUUUCACUUCUAUUUUCAACAUAGUUCAACCCAUUGUUGAUGAUGUCCGCUAUAGAGGUGAUGCAGCUGUUAAAGAUUAUACUAAGCAGUUUGACAAAGUAGAACUAGGUGAGAUAGUUGAAAUUGUUGCUGACCUUCCAGACCCAGAGCUUGAUCCAGCUGUUAGAGAAGCAUUUGAUGUGGCAUACAACAACAUAUAUGCAUUUCAUGCUGCUCAAAAGUCAGUGGAGAAGGCUGUUGAGAACAUGAAAGGUGUAAGAUGCAAGCGGAUAGCAAGGUGCAUUGCUUCUGUAGGUCUUUAUGUUCCCGGUGGAACUGCUGUGUUGCCUUCAACAGCUCUGAUGCUAUCAGUUCCUGCACAGAUUGCUGGGUGUAGAACUGUUGUUCUUGCAACUCCCCCAACUCAGGAUGGUAGCAUUUGCAAGGAGGUACUUUAUUGUGCCAAGAAAGCUGGUGUGACUCACAUUCUUAAAGCUGGAGGAGCACAGGCCAUUUCUGCCAUGGCUUGGGGGACUUCAUCUUGCCCCAAGGUAAUUAUUUUCUCUAAUAUUUUAUGCAUACAAGGAUUGAAAUUCUUACUUUUGGCUAUGUGCCCGGUAUGCUCACUUCAAACAUCAUGCUUUUGUAAAAAGGUUGAGAAGAUUUUGGGUCCGGGGAAUCAAUAUGUCACAGCAGCAAAAAUGAUCCUCCAAAAUAGUGAGGCCAUGGUCUCAAUCGACAUGCCUGCUGGACCAUCAGAAGUUCUGGUCAUUGCUGACAAGCAUGCUAGUCCUAUUCAUGUUGCUGCUGAUCUGCUUUCUCAGGCUGAGCAUGGUCCUGAUAGUCAGGUUGUUCUUGUCAUUGCUGGUGAUGGUGUCAAGCUAGGGGCCAUAGAGGAGGAAAUUAGUAAGCAAUGUCAAAGCCUUCCACGUGGAGAGUAUGCUUUGAAAGCACUGAGCCAUAGUUUUACCGUGGUCGCUAGUGAUAUGAUCGAGGCAGUCUCCUUUUCAAACUUAUAUGCACCUGAACAUCUGAUCAUCAAUGUGAAAGAUGCAGAGAAUUGGGAGAAUUUUAUUGACAAUGCAGGUUCUGUAUUUUUAGGGGCAUGGACACCAGAGAGUGUAGGGGAUUAUGCAAGUGGAACAAACCAUGUCCUUCCAACUUACGGAUAUGCCCGAAUGUAUGGAGGGGUAUCUCUAGACUCUUUCCUGAAAUACAUGACGGUGCAGUCAUUGACAGAGGAAGGUCUGCAGGCACUUGGCCCGUAUGUGGCCAUCAUGGCAGAAGUCGAAGGUCUGGAAGCCCACAAGAGAGCUGUAACCCUAAGGCUCCAGGACAUUGAAGCAAAAACAAGUUCCUAACCGUACAUGAUUCCAUGUGUGAGUCAUCACUUUUGGGGCUGCCUUUAUCAACUCAUUCCCACCAAAUUCUGCAUCCAAGUAGCUGUAAUAUUGAGGACGCUAAUAAUGUUGCAUAGGUAUUGUACUCAUUGUCUUAAGGUUUAAUGAGCAUAAAGACUGUUUAAUGCGUAUUUGCAAGGCAUGUGUAAUUUCAAACGGAAUUCAUGUCA